UAAAACUACAGUUCGUGUUUUGCUGUAGAUCCGGGGCAAAAUAUUACCGCCUUGACAUGUACGUCAAGUUGGUGCCCGGAAAAAAGUGAUGCGCAUCCUUCCUGUCCUCUUUCAGAAAUUCCAGCGGUGACAGUGUCCACAGCUCCAGGAGAAGACGGUACAAGGACUCCUACGCACAGCUGCUGUGUUUGAGUUUAAACAAAGAGGGACACUGCAGAAGUCUCAAGGGAACCGAGAAGUCAAGCCAAACAGCCAUGCCUCGCAUCGAGAAUGACAUCAAGCUCGACUUCAAGGACGUGCUGCUUCGUCCCAAACGCAGCACCCUCAAGUCCCGCAGUGAGGUGGACCUGAUGCGCAGUUUUACUUUCAGAAAUUCGAAAGGCAGUUACAGAGGUAUCCCUAUCAUAGCUGCUAACAUGGACACAGUUGGAACUUUCGAGAUGGCUGUGGCGCUGCAUCAGUUCUCACUGUUCACUGCCGUACACAAACAUUACUGUGUAGAUGACUGGAAAGAGUUUGCCACAAAGCACCCAGAAUGCCUAGAAAGCGUGGCAGUCAGUACAGGGACGAGUGAGGCUGAUUUUGAGAGGCUCGGCGCCAUUUUAGCAGCUGUCCCUCAGGUCCAGUACGUUUGUGUGGACGUAGCAAAUGGAUACUCUGAACAUUUUGUGCAUUUUGUCAAGGACGUGAGGCAGAAGUUCCCUUCACACACCAUCAUGGCUGGUAAUGUAGUGACUGGAGAAAUGGUGGAAGAGCUGAUUCUCGCUGGUGCUGACAUCAUAAAAGUGGGCAUUGGUCCAGGCUCGGUGUGUACAACCCGUAAGAAGACAGGUGUGGGCUACCCUCAGCUGAGUGCUGUAAUCGAGUGCGCUGAUGCUGCACAUGGCCUGGGUGGACACAUCAUCUCUGAUGGAGGAUGCACCUGCCCAGGUGAUGUUUCUAAGGCUUUCGGUGCAGGGGCAGACUUUGUGAUGCUAGGUGGGAUGCUGGCAGGUCACAACGAGAGCGGGGGUGAGAUCAUUGAGAAGAAUGGGAAGAAGUACAAACUUUUUUAUGGCAUGAGCUCUGACACAGCAAUGAGGAAGCAUGUAGGAGGAGUAGCAGAGUACAGAGCAUCCGAGGGUAAGACGGUUGAGGUGCCAUAUAAAGGCCCAGUGGAGGACACCGUGAGAGACGUGCUGGGAGGUGUUCGCUCCACUUGUACCUACGUAGGAGCCGCUAAACUGAAAGAGCUGAGUCGCCGUACCACCUUCAUUAGAGUGACUCAGCAGCUUAACACUGUGUUUGGUACUGAUAACUAGACCACUACUGUUGCAGGUGACCGCUGGGCUGAUCUGAGAACAGUCCAGUCUCAAGAUGUAAACAGGUCCUUAAUGAGCAAAAUAGCCAUGCAGUGGGUAAUAUAUUUUAUAUAAAUAUAUUUUAUAUUCUUUCUCUAGUAAUAAUCUGAUACAAUGAAACAUGCGUUUAACUCAUACACAGCACACACCAGCGCAAACCGCGCACAUUUUCCUGACAGUGUUUUGUUUUCGGCCAGUUCAUGAGGAGUUUUAAAAAUUUCGUAAAUGUUCAGAAUGUAACGAAAUGGCAUCAUCUGUAUUAAUUUUCUUGCCCAUGUCUUCUGUCUCUCACUUAAUGGUUUGGACUGCACUAAUGAAGCGAUAUAGAGUGUACACUUCUGACAUUGAGGACCAGUUCUAAUAUUCCAGCCUUCACUGCCGUUAAUUCAUUCACACUGUAUGUAUUUGUCUUAAUAUUUCAAAUAUUGUUACUGAGCCUUAUUUCUUUUAUGCAUUUUAGGAAUUAUUUUAGUUUUCAAUUUUAUUUAUAUUUUUAAAAUCGGCACUCAUUGUAUUGGACCAAAUGCAGAAAGCACUUCCGCUGUGUUUGCCAUUCCACAUCACUCUUCAUUUCAGUAUAACUGUCUUAGUAAAGUCCUCUAUGCACCGAUGAAUAAAGGAGACAGCUGUUGGUAACGGUUUGAUCCUGUAAGCAGUUUAUGUAAAAGUGUUCUGGUUGUGCUGGACAGUAUAGAGGAAAUGUAUAUGCAUGCUGGUAUGAGACACUGGACACAUUCAUUCCGUUACACAAUUCAAGAGUGUUUUGAACAACCCUACCUUUCAGUUUUACAUGGAGUAUCUGCAGUCUCCAUAAUCCUUAGUCAGGAUUGUAUUGUAGACUGUGUUCAGUGAUUGAUGUGCAUCUUGAUGAUGUAUACUCUGUUUCUGACACAUGCUGCUUGUAAUGAAUGUCAUAUAACUGAAAAGGUAAUGUCCAUUUGGCAGUUAAAAUGUUUUUCUUACGCAAUUGGCUGCAAGUUUCAUUUUUUAUAUAAGUGAUUCUCAUAAAAACAUUUUACACCUUUUAUUUGUGUGUGUGGCUGAUAUACUUGUGGGAGGUUCUACAUACUGAGUUUCCCUUCAGUCUUUCUGAUUCUGGCUGUGAAAUAGUUCACAAAUGUUCCAUGUGUUGAAUAUAAAGCUAAUUAAAAAAUGUUAUUAUGAAUCAUUU